CGACAGUACAACCUCCCUCGACAACCCUCGACGAAGCCGCCAUCAUGUCGUCGCCUUCCCUCAACAAAAUUGCUGCCAAUAGCCCUUCAAGGCAGAACCCGUCCGAGAUUGAGACGAGCAUCGCUAAUGCUCUCUACGACCUGGAGACGAACAUCCAGGACAUGAGGAGCUCUCUGCGCCCUCUUCAAUUUGUCUCCGCUCGCGAGAUUGAGGUCGGCCACGGCAGGAAGGCGAUUGUCAUCUUUGUUCCUGUUCCUCUUCUUCAGGGAUGGCAUAAGUCUCAGCAACGUCUCACCCGUGAGCUUGAGAAGAAGUUCUCCGACCGUCACGUCCUAAUCAUUGCCUCACGCCGCAUUCUGCCGCGUCCCAAGCGUUCCAACCGAUCCCGCACUUCACAGACCCAGAAACGGCCGCGAUCCCGAACUCUCACCGCUGUUCACGAUGCCAUCCUUACAGACCUCGUCUACCCCGUCGAGAUUGUGGGCAAGCGCCUGAGAACCCGCGAGGAUGGCAGCAAGAUCCUCAAGGUUGUGCUUGAUGAGAAGGAGCGUGGAGGCGUUGACUAUAGGUUGGAUACCUACUCUGAGGUCUACAAGCGUCUUACUGGCAAGGGUGUCAACUUCGAGUUCCCCCAGAGCCCUGCUACGGAGUACUAGACGGCUGACUGGUCAAACAUGGUUCGGGAGUAAGGCUUCAGGCAUGCAUCUUCUGUACUCGGCAUCAAAAUGAUGAGCCCAUAAUAGGGCACUCAGAUACAAAGUUCUCUACCUUUUGUGCACCCUAGGCCUUUUGACUCAUUGACGCUUUUAUUCUUGGGCACUGCCCUCUAAUGCCGUCACUUCCUUUUGUUCCUCUGCGUACUCCUACUUGCCUGGCCUAUCCAGCUCGGGAUAAUGACGGAAGACGCCGUUGCUAUAUGGUAGCCUCUUUGCACUCGCUAGAUACUCUUUAAUACCCUUCUCCUCCUUCACACUG